GCCGACAUUGCGUGUUUCUCAGUGUAGCAAUAGGAAAAACAUAACUUUUAUCACAAGCUGUAAAAGUCAAGACUCUCAUGCUGCCUUGUUUACAUGAUGGAUGGCUUUGUCAUAACGUCUGCAUCCGAGGAUGCUAUUCCACAUGAGCCGGAGACUUAUCGACCGCCUGUUGACCUGUACCCCUACCUGAACGUGGGAGAGAUUUACGAAGACCACAGAUGGCCGUUCCACUCUGACCGGGUCCAGCCGCCAGACUUUGAGGGUUCCCCCGUGAAUCACCUGACGGAGCUGCAGGCCGUGUCUCCUCAGCAGCUCAUUCAGCCGUUCCCGCUCAGCAACGAGUCUCUGCACCUUCACCUGGAGACGCCACAGAUCACCCUGUCAUCACAAAUCCCAUAUUACACCCCAUCCCUGUGCUACCAGUACCCACCCCUGGCUUCACCGCGACGUUUCUACUCAGAGGAGGAGCAGAGAGCCGUCAGUCCCCCGCUGCAAGUGUCAGAGGGGGAGGAUGAGUAUGAAGAUUACAACUGCUCAUUCAGGAAAGACCCAGGCAACAAGAAGAAAAUCCGCCUGUACCAGUUCCUCCUGGACCUGCUCAGGAAGGGCGACAUGAGCGACAGCAUCUGGUGGGUGGACCAGGACAAGGGCAUCUUCCAGUUUUCCACCAAACACAAGGAGGCUCUGGCGACCCACUGGGGCAUCCAGAAGGGAAAUCGCAAAAAAAUGACCUACCAAAAAAUGGCCAGAGCCUUGAGGAACUAUGGCAAAACAGGAGAGAUUAAAAAAGUGAAGAAGAAGCUCACCUACCAGUUCAGCGAGGAGGUGCUCAAAAGCCUCUAUUUACGUCAUUAUCAUCUCUGAGGACGAAACAAAGGCUGUUUGUUACAAUGAUCGAUCAUUAGAUUUCCCAAAAUUAUGUUUUACUUUUGGAUUUGCAGGUUUUAUACGUCUUCUGACAAUUUUCUUUAUUUAUUUGGAAUGACAUUUUGGCAUUUAACAUCCACAUUCACCAUUUCAUUUUCCUCUAAAACUUUUUAUUUUUUGUACAAGAAUUUUUUUUUGUAAAAAAAACACAAUGUAGCUGUUUAAACAUGUAAAUAAAUAUUAAGCUGUGUCCUCAUGAUAUACAGAGAUAACUUAAUCCAAAGUAUGUAAAUGUACAUGUUUGGCUGGAAGUGGCUCAGAAACAUUUGAUUGUCAGAACUUGGCAUCAAAAUACUGUUUUGUUUGUUAUAUAAAAGGAAAAAGUACCAAAAGACACAUUUAAAUGCACAGAUACAAAAGUGUCCUGCAAAAAACAUUCAUACAACUUGAAGUCUUUCACUCUUUGUCAUGUUACAACCACAAACUCCUGUGUAUUAUUUUUGAAUUUAUGGGCUAGGACAGCAUAAAGUUGCACAAAAUUGUAAACAGGAAGGAAAUAAAUAUCCAACAAGUGUGGUUUGUAUUUGUAUUCAUCCCUUCUUUGGGGGUAUGUUUGUAGCGUUUUGGAGACUAAACUUUUGUAUGAAUUAUUGCUAACACAGUGGCUUAAGGAAAGCAUCUGCCUCAGAUUUUAAGUUGUAUUUUGGUCUUUUUGGUACUUUAACACAUUGCUUUGAACCACUCCAUUGUACAUCUGGUUCUGCCUUUAUGGUUGUUGCCCUGCUGGAGAAUGAAUCUUUGGCUACCUUUUCAAGUUUCCUACUGCUUCAAGCAACAUGAAACGUAAUAUAUACACAGACUCUCUCUUGAUGGUGAAUUGAACAUUGCUCUAGUACAUGUUGAGACCUGGGGUUGCUUUAUAGCCUAAUCCUGCUUUAAAUUUCUCCACAACUUGCUGGUUGUUCAUUAACAAACCUCUCAGGCCUUCACAGAACAGCUGGAUUUAUGUUGAGUUUCAAUUCAGUGGUAAAUGGAAUGCAUUUACAUG